UGGCGCAGUCGAUCGAUCGAUCGGACAGCAGCACAAGCAUCGCACGCCCCUCACGGCCGCACCCACACGCGCCUCCCUCUCGAACCAACCUCUCUCCGCGCCCUCCGGCCGCCGCGGAUGUCGACGCGCCGCCGCCCUCCUCCACCGCCGCCGGCGUGGACGCCCGAGCCCUGGAGCGACGGGGAGACGUCCGCGCUGCUCGACGCCUGGGGCCCGCGCCACCUUCGCGCCCGCGGCGGCGCCCUCCGCCCCGUCGACUGGUGCGCCUGCGCCGCCGCCGUCACUUCCCGCCGCGCUGCCGCCGGACGCGCGCCGCGCACCGUCGAUCAGUGCAAGAACCGCGUGGAUUACCUCAAGAAGCGCCUCAGGGCCGAGCGCACCAGGCCCAAGGGGGCCCCGCCGCCGCCGCCGGUAUCGGGGUGGCUCGACCGCCUCCGCACGCUGCUGCAUCUCGCCCCCUCCGCUCCUCCUGGAUUCGCGCACCGUCACGGCACCACCGCCACGCCGAAGAUGAAGGAAGAGGAGUACGAGAAGGAGAGCAGCGGGGCUCCUCUGCCCCGCAACUGGCCGCCAGUGCCGAAGCGGCCGAGGACGGCGGUGUCGUUGUCGCCAGUGAGCGUCGCCUCCGGGAAACAUCCUGAAGGCGGAGGGAGGAACUGCACAGAAGUGGCGGCGGCUCUGGAUAGGCUUGCCGGAACGUAUGAGCGGGUGGAGGCGGCGAAGCAGAGGGAGGCCACGAGGCUGGAGGAACGGCGCCUGGAGGCGAUGCGCGAUCUCGAGAUCGAGCGUAUGCGGCUUCUCGUCGACGUCGCCGUCACCGCCUCCGUCAGUGUCGAGACCGCUGGCGGCGACUUCUAGAUGAAGACAAUUCCCAGACAUUUUUGUUGUCUUCCAUCUGUUGCAGAGGAACUAUUAUGAUAGGCUGGGUAGCCAAAAUCAAGAUUUCAGACUAUGUUUUCAAGAGAUGAAUGCAUUGUGAAGCCGCACUUUGAUGUGAUGCCCUUAUGAAAAGUUACAUCGGUUAGGUUACAGGAGAAGCUUAGCCAGAUGUAGGAUAGCACAUGGUGAGAUUUUCUCAGUUCACUGAUUGCAGGUUUGCAGCAACUGAAGAAAGGGGAGAGGUUUAAUAGCCUGCAUAUAUCUUUGUUUGGCAUUCAGGCUUCACUUAGGCCUUUUGGUAACUACUGCUGUAAUCCCUUUUGGUUUACAGCUGUGCAACUGUUUAGUUGUGAAACAUUCUGAUCCAGUACAU